AUGAAAUUGUCUCCUUUGGUAGAAAACUAUUCCUCCGAGUCCUUUGCGGUUCCUCGAAAGCCUACUAUUUCAAAAAUAGACACCUUGUCACGGCACCAGAAAUCGACUUCUGGUUAUGUAGGCACCGCUGGUCCUGGUCGGCAUAUUGGAAACUGGAUCAUCAGACGUACCAUUGGCUCUGGAAGUAUGGGGAAAGUGAAACUUGCCAUCCAUACGACCACUGGCGAAAAAGCUGCUAUGAAGAUGAUUCCUAUCACUCCUGCCAAUACGAAGCAAACUGUGCGCAUCCAACGUGAAGCAUUGCUGGGCCGCGUUUUGCGACAUCCAAAUAUCUGCCCUGUCAUCGAAACCAUCAGGACACCAACCUGCACCUACAUCUUAUUUGAGUAUGUUGGUGGUGGCCAGCUUUUGGAAUACAUCUUGGCUAAUGGUCGUUUGGACGAAGGUACUGCUCGUUUAUUUAUGAUCCAACUUUUGGAUGCUUUGCGAUAUCUCCACCAAAACUUCAUUGUUCAUCGAGAUUUGAAAAUUGAAAAUAUUUUGCUUACCGAAGAUUUGCGUCAAGUAAAGCUUAUUGAUUUCGGUUUAAGCAAUUUUUACAGCCAAAGUGACUUGUUACAAACAUAUUGUGGAAGUUUGUACUUCGCUGCACCAGAACUUUUAGAUGCCAUUCCAUACAAUGGUCCUGAAGUCGAUGUCUGGAGUUUAGGCGUCGUUUUGUACGUUAUGGUUUGCGGUCGUGUCCCGUUUGAUGAUAUUUCCGUCUCCAUGCUUCACUCCAAAAUUAAAUCUGGUAAGAUAGAAUUUCCCUCUUACCUUUCCAGCGAUUGUCGUGCUUUAAUUAGCGCUAUGUUAAAUGUAGAUCCCAAAAAACGGAUUCCAUUAGAACAGACUUGCCGAUUCCCGUGGUUUAAACAAUACUCCUUUUCUAAUUAUAUGUCUCCUCUAAUGUCUUCAAGUUUCCCAGGAAUAUCUUCAAUCCGUUCCUCCAUGCUCAAACCACCCUUCAACACAAAGGUCUUGCAAUUGCUCCAUGAUCACGGACUUUCCAGUGUUCCUGAACUUAAGCAUGAGCUUUCCAUGGCGUACACAGAAAGAAAGACCACUCCUUUGGUCUGCUUAUACCUUUUAGGUAUAGAAAGCUUGGCUCCUGCUUUACGAAUACCCAAAGCGCUUCCUCCUGUUCAUAGCAGGUAUUAA